AUGUCUCAACAAGAUAAUGUCAAAGCCGCCGCUGAAGGUGUUGCUAACCUACAUCUCGACGAAGCUACCGGGGAAAUGGUCUCCAAGUCUGAAUUGAAGAAGCGUAUCAAGCAAAGACAAGUCGAAGCUAAAAAGGCCGCCAAAAAGGCUGCCGCUCAACCAAAACCGGCUUCCAAAAAAAAAACAGAUUUGUUCGCUGACCUGGAUCCAUCGCAAUAUUUCGAAACAAGAUCUCGCCAAAUUCAAGAAUUGAGAAAGACUCACGAACCAAAUCCAUACCCACACAAGUUUCACGUUUCUAUAUCCAAUCCUGAGUUCUUGGCCAAAUAUGCGCAUUUGAAAAAAGGUGAAACCUUACCUGAAGAGAAGGUUUCAAUUGCUGGUAGAAUUCAUGCCAAAAGAGAAUCUGGCUCCAAAUUGAAAUUCUAUGUUCUUCACGGUGAUGGUGUUGAAGUUCAAUUGAUGUCCCAAUUGCAGGACUACUGCGACCCAGACUCUUACGAAAAGGAUCACGACCUUUUGAAAAGGGGUGAUAUCGUUGGUGUCGAGGGUUACGUCGGAAGAACUCAACCAAAGAAAGGUGGUGAAGGUGAAGUUUCCGUCUUCGUUAGCAGAGUGCAAUUAUUGACACCAUGUUUGCACAUGUUACCUGCCGACCACUUUGGUUUCAAAGACCAGGAAACCAGAUACAGAAAGCGUUAUUUGGAUUUGAUCAUGAACAAAGACGCCAGAAACCGUUUUAUUACCCGUUCUGAAAUUAUCCGUUACAUCAGAAGAUUUUUGGACCAAAGAAAGUUUAUUGAAGUAGAAACUCCAAUGAUGAACGUUAUUGCUGGUGGUGCUACCGCUAAGCCAUUUAUUACCCACCAUAAUGACCUUGAUAUGGACAUGUACAUGAGAAUUGCUCCAGAAUUGUUCUUGAAACAAUUGGUUGUCGGUGGUUUGGAUCGUGUUUACGAAAUUGGUAGACAAUUCAGAAAUGAAGGUAUCGAUAUGACACAUAAUCCAGAAUUCACCACUUGUGAGUUUUAUCAAGCCUACGCUGAUGUUUAUGAUUUGAUGGAUAUGACUGAAUUGAUGUUUUCAGAAAUGGUCAAGGAGAUCACUGGUUCUUAUAUUAUCAAAUACCAUCCGGACCCUGCUGAUCCAGCCAAAGAACUAGAAUUGAACUUUUCUAGACCAUGGAAGAGAAUCAACAUGAUUGAAGAAUUAGAAAAGGUAUUCAACGUUAAGUUCCCAUCUGGUGAUCAAUUACAUACAGCUGAGACUGGUGAAUUUUUGAAAAAGAUUCUUGUCGACAACAAAUUAGAAUGUCCACCUCCACUAACUAAUGCUCGUAUGUUAGAUAAGCUUGUCGGUGAAUUAGAAGAUACAUGUAUCAACCCAACUUUCAUUUUUGGCCACCCUCAAAUGAUGUCUCCAUUAGCCAAGUACUCAAGAGAUCAACCGGGUCUAUGUGAGCGUUUCGAGGUCUUUGUAGCUACAAAGGAAAUUUGUAAUGCCUACACUGAAUUGAACGAUCCAUUUGACCAAAGGGCACGUUUCGAAGAACAAGCUAGACAAAAGGAUCAAGGUGAUGACGAAGCUCAAUUAGUCGAUGAAACCUUCUGUAAUGCUCUAGAAUACGGUUUACCACCAACUGGUGGUUGGGGUUGUGGUAUUGAUAGACUGGCCAUGUUCUUGACCGACUCCAACACCAUUAGAGAAGUCUUAUUGUUCCCAACUUUGAAGCCUGAUGUUUUGAGAGAGGAAGUCAAAAAGGAAGAAGAAAAUUAA